GAAAAGUUAACACACCUCUAGGAACCAACCCACACCAUGCACAGUAAGCAGGGACACUGUCUAUAAAACAAGGAGUGCUCAUUCUUUUCCUCUCAUAUGCUGACCAAACAUGUAUAUACCUAAUAUAUUUCAUCUGUGUUUUCUGCUCUGUACACAAACAGGCUUUGCAUGUAAGCUGCUGGCUAAGUUUGAAAUGCAAAGCAUGUUGAAGGAAGGAGACAUUAUGAUAGGUGGCAUUUUCCCAAUUUAUUCAAAGCAGGAGAAUAUACUUUUUUCAUUUGAUAACAAACCACCAGUGCCAGAAUGUAAAGGAUUUGGCUUACGAGCAUUUCGCUGGACGAGGACCAUGAUGUUGGCAAUAGAUGAAAUAAACCGAGAUGAUCAUUUGCUUCCUAACAUUUCUCUAGGAUAUAUAAUUGUGGACUCUUGUUCCUCUCCUACUAAUGUUUUGAGAGCUGCCCUCACUUUGAUGAGCACAUCAGAGCAAAGGUUCUCUCAAUGUCAUCCACCUCCCAUAUUAGCUCUUAUAGCUGAAUCGGCAUCUACCCAGUCUUUAGUUGUGGCUGGGGCUGUUGGACCAUUCAAAAUACCACUGGUGAGUUAUUUUUCAACAUGUGCAUGUUUGAGUGAUAAAACAAAAUAUCCUACAUUUUUCCGAACAAUACCAAGUGACUACUACCAAGCAAAGGCUUUGGCUUUCCUUGUCAGACAAUAUGGAUGGACAUGGAUUGGAGUUAUCCAGUCUGACAAUGAUUAUGGACGAAAUGGGAUAUCAGCAUUCACAAAAGAAGUGGAGGCUCAUGGGGUUUGUAUUGCAUUUGUUGGCACAGUUUUGCGUACAUAUCCCCAAAGUAAAAUCCUUGAAGCUGUUGAACUGAUAAAGCAAUCAACUGUAAAAGUGAUUCUUGCAUUUGUGCCAGAGAGAGAUAUCUAUCCUUUAAUGAAAGAAGUGGUAAAACAAAAUAUUACAGGAAUACAGUGGAUCGGAAGUGAAGCCUGGGUAACUGCAGACAGUCUUUCCACACCAGAAAUGUUCAAAUAUUUUGGAGGAACAAUAGGAUUUGUGGUCCGAAAGAUGGCCAUGCCCAAACUGGCACCAGUUCUCAAAGAUAUCAGCCCUUAUAAUGAUUCAGAAUCCGGUUUUGUCAGUGAUUUCUGGGAAACAUUGGUGGGCUGUAGGCCUCCAUCUUCAAUAAAUUAUUUACAUAAUAGCACAAAAGUAUGCUCAGGAACAGAAAAAGUUGAUUACACAAACAAAUUUUUUGAUGUCACACAACUUCGAGUGGCAUAUAACGUCUAUCAAGGAGUUUAUGCAAUUGCACAUGCUCUACACCAAGGAAUGUUUUGUGAAAAGCCUGAAAGCAAUGUCUCAGGACUAUGUCUUAAUGCUUCUCAGAUAACCCCUAAACUAGUGAGUUUCAUCUGUAUUGAAGCAUUAACUGGGCUCAUAAUUGAAAACUUUUCAUUAACUAUGUUGUACUUCUUGUUCAUAAGGUAA